AUGUCGAAGAAAGCAGGCGCGCCGGCGCCGUUGCAGAAAGACGCGCCAUGGCGGGUAACAACCUCCAAACGGAUUCCCAGAAUCCACCACUCCCCUGUCCUCCGCGUCUCCCAUAACCCCUACUCCGACUAUGCCAUUUCCGUCAUGAAGCAUCCUAAUCCAAUCGGAAGCGGAUUGGCAGAUGAUGCGAUAGUGGAAGCAGCUGGCCCCGAUUGCAUUGUUCCCGGCCAGAUUACCCCUGUUCGAUUGCUUGGCGUUAAGGUAUGGCCUGUUGAAGUAGACUUGAAAUUCCUGGAACCAGUUGGGCGGGAACUCAAACUGCUUGGAAAGUUCAUGGACAAUGCUGUUGACCUGAUGAACAAAUCCUUCAUCGACCGCUAG